CUAAAAUACAAAACMAACGUUAAACUUCGAGUGACACAACAGCAAACAACUCGCAAAAUGUCAACAAGCUGACAAUAACAAAUCAACGAGCUGCAAGUGAGACGUCAAUCGAGGACAAACCGUUUGAGCGAGCGCCGCAACGCCCGAACGAUGAGCAAAUAAAUACGGUAAUGUGGAGUGCGACCAUGAUUUAGAUGGAGCUGGCGGAGCUACAUGUACGUUAGACGUGCUAUUAGACGCACACAAACACAURCACCAAGGAGCCUGAUCGSCGUGCAGUGGCCGACACAUGCGCAGCCAGUGGUGUUUGUGUCCAUCGGCUAGCGACUAGAGCAAGCAUGUUCAAAGAACACGUUUCAAACGGUGGUGGCGUGAAAAACGAGAAACACUCUCACCGCCACUUUCAUUUCACCGCACGAUUAACUACGAGACGCUCUGUGGCAGUAUGUCAAUAUCGUAAAGAUUGUUGUUGUUAGUUGCAUGCGCGCWUGUAGUCUAACAUCAAGCUAAUACCACCAUAUCCGAUAAUAGCUGCUGGAGGCUGCGUUGAUGACAAUAUUUAGUCGCGGCCGCAACCAAUCGRCCAAGUGGCUCACUGACUCAGUAGCCGAGCGCAAUCAUAACAAUGUAGGCUGCGUGCAUUUUGUUUUGAGUGUUACCGCGGUGCAGACGCGCGAAUUUUCAAUUGUCCAGCCAGCCAAGCAAACAGACACACAAAAAUACAUUCGAUUUGAAGUCAUUUGCAUUUUAAUCGCAGCCGCCAGUAUGAAAAGUGAAAACGCGCAUGCGCGACCUGUAUUAAGCGCAAAUGCAAGGAAUGCACGCUGCGUAAGUAGAACUGUGUCAGAUAAACACACCAUAAACUGGACGUUGUUUACGAAACGUUGCUUGCUGGCGCUACAGACCUUGUUGCGCUUGGCAUGCACUUUAUUGGCGCUAAAUAGCUGUUAUACGCACACGCCAGCGUUGUUUGUGCAAGCUGCGCCYAGUCUCGCUUGGCAUAAUUCGGAUUUGCGCACAAAUGGCACGCAUAGCAUUGACCGCGCUUGGCCGCCUAACCUGCAGCACAUCGAUAUUUGGAGCGCCAUCGGGCAGUCGAGCUCCGCAGCUGAGCUGGCUGCUGACGAGGAGCCGGAAGUACAGUCAUGGCAUGUUAUUGAGGACUUUCARUACGAUGGUACUGAUCUUGCAGCGCCUCAUGAGCACACAUCCGGUGGCCUUAACGGUACACAAGUGCAGCAGAAAGUGAGCAAAAGGCCAAAGCGUGUCAGWGAUGCCAUUGAAAAGCAUUUGGAAAGCAAAGACACACUGGACCCGCCAAACAGUCGCCAAAAUCGCGUGAUACACCUGCUACCCGUGCCCGUGGACGRCGAGUGUCUCUCCGAUGAUGGCCGACGCAUCGGCAACUGCUUCAACAUAUACGAAUGUCGRGCCAAAGGCGGGAUUGCGAAGGGUGAUUGCGCAAUGGGCUUUGGUGUCUGUUGCAUAUUCAUCGCCAGUUGCAACACCACCAUUAGCAACAACAUMACAUAUUUGGUGUCGCCGCAAUUCCCCAGCUUUAUGCCGAGCAAUUACAGCGCUCCAUGCAGCUACAAAAUCAAACUUAUGAGCAAUGAGGUCAGUCAGCUGCGCAUAGACUUCUAYCACUUCUCAAUGGGGCAGCCGAAUCGACGAACUGGCGUCUGCGACGGUGACGUGUUUGCGGUCAAUGGCGGKCCAAGUGGCGCGCUGACCUUGUGCGGACAAAAUAGCGGCCAGCAUAUUUAUUACGAAGUGGGUGGCGCUGCUGCGCCUCGACAGACACUCUUUGGUAAUCUGCGUCCACUCAGCUUCAAUCAGCUGUAUCCGAAUAGCAGCGACGGUGCGACGCCGACUAUUGAGAUCGUCAUGAAUUUCACGCAACGUUUCCAACCGAUACGCCUCUGGGAGAUACGCAUCGCACAAAUUCCUUUCAGUCAACGUGCGCCRGUCGGUUGUUUGCAGUACCACACGGGCACCGAAGGCAUAAUACAGACCUUCAAUUUUGCUGAGAACGGUCGUCAUUUGGCUAACCAGAAUUAUCGCAUCUGCAUGCGUCAGGAACAGUACAUGUGUUCGAUWAUGUAUCARCCGUGCGAUGAACAAUCGUUUCGCAUUGGUCCAGGCAGCGCUGCGGAACCAGGCAUGCUUAAUAUGGGCGCGCCAGCCUUAAUGAUGGAUCCUACGUUGGCUGGGAUGAUGGGUGGCGGUGGCGGGGCAACAGGCGCUGUAUCUAACGACGAUCCAACGUUGGAUGCCAUGCCGAUAAUGCAGUCUACAGUGCUUGCMGACGACCCCAAUAUGUUGCAAAUGAUGGAUGCAACAACAAUAGCCGCWAUGAUGUCCAGCGCCGCAUCCGCGGAUGCUGCCACAACUACGACCGCUGCGGUAAUGGAUGCCAGCACCGCAGCAACGGACAGUAGCGCUGCCACUAUGUCAACAGAGGCUGCGAGUAGCAGCGCGGCGCCUUCCAGCAGUACAGGGGUUACAUCCGCCGCUCCAGCUGCCUCCGAUAUGCCUGCUACUUCAACGGAAGYACUGGCCAGCAGCAGUAGCGCUACCACGUUGGACACGCGUAGCAGCACCACCCCGGCUACGACUUCUUCUACAACGCUCARUGAYGAAAUUGCAGAUGAAGGUUCCGGCGGCGGUGAUACCGACCCGGUUGCUGGCGCCCCAACGCGUCGACCUCGACCCGUGCGUGGCGGCUUCGAUUUGCUCGGUUUUCUGCGCAGCGCAUUCGAUUUUCAUACCUUUCGACGCAGUAGCCGACAAUUGGUUGAGAAGAGCGCAAACAAUGGAGGUAGUGAGAGACCGGCGAAGAGCGCGCGUCAGUUGUAUUCGCGUUGCACAGAUCGGCURACUAUGCCUUGUAUUAUCGAAGACUUCAUAGGCAUGGGUCCGCUGGGCUCACCGACAUUGCCCGGCUGCGAACCGGUGCAUUGCGGCACACAAUUCUGUUCCAGCGGCACGUGGCCAUGUCGCAUCGAAUCAACCGUGACACCCUUCUAUAUAGGUGUGCAUUUCGGCAGCGGAUCGGGUAAGGGUAGCGCGGAGGAUAAUAUUGGCGCUUGUCUGCGCUAUCAGCAGGUGGAAUGCAUGUGACGAAACCGUUGGAAGAGCAUGCUUUUGUAGAUACAUUUUUAGUGUUUAAGACUGUGUGCUUGAGUGUGUUUUAUAUUGAAAUUGAUUAUAAUA